AUGCAGUCCAACGUUGGGAACCAUCAGGUGUACGAGGCCGGUGACCAGCGCAAUUACAGCGCUGCUGAGACCGGGUCCGGGACCCGCUACCACGAGGGACAACCCAACUCGCACCUUCAGAACGACCCAAAGGAUCAGAGGUCUCUAUCCAACCGGGCAGCGGCAGAGGUCCAGGACGAUGAGCAAGACGAAUCCCGCGAGACAACCCUGCACAAGCAAGACCCAACUUUACCGGCUAAGAUGCACGGUAAUGAGCCAUCCAAAGGUGCCAAGAUCGAUGCCGAGCUACAGGCUGAAGAAGAAGAGAUCAUGAAGAAGAAGGGGCAAAACUUGCCCGGGAAGAAGAUGUAA